UUUUGGGCUAGGUUUCUGUACAGCACUUUGAGAUAUCAGCUGAUGUACGAAGGGCUAUAUAAAUACAUUUGAUUUGUGCCUUGUAAGGGUGAAGGAGAUUGAGGUGGCAUACAUUAGAGCGUUCAAUCGAAUGCGGAUGGAAUUGAAAGAGUUGAGAAUACAAGCGACGUUAGUGGAGAUAUCGUAAUGGAUGUAGCACAGCCUGUAGUAAAUAUUUUCUGACAGGCUUGGAUUUUGUGGCGUUCAUUGGCACAAUUAUAAACUGUACGGCUCCAGUCUCAAAGAAGUCAAACAACUGGACAUUAUUGUGGCUGCGGCUAUUUAAGACUUGGAAGUGGUAGACUACUGGCGACGAAAGACGGCCCACCCUCCCAUCUCAGAUUCGUUUUUAUUUUUAACAGAAAGUUGUAAGAUUCGUUUUUAUUUUUUGGUAGUUCAGUUUUUGGGUGAUCCUGUUUCCAUCCCGAUUAGUAAAAUGUGCGAACGUCAAUAUAACGUUACCAUAGAAGUCUGAAUUUAACACGAUCUAGUCAGCAAACUUUGUUUCCAGGCUGACUGACCGGGUCCUAUGGAAGAGAUGUCAGGAGUAAGUGCGGUGAGCUCGGCGUUGCCUGCGGCUACAACCCGUACCACCUCAUUCAAGGGCUCCUGCCCCAGCUCGAAGUAUGUGAAGCUGAACGUGGGCGGGGCGCUCUACUACACCACCAUGCAGACACUCACCAAGCAGGACACCAUGCUCAAGGCCAUGUUCAGCGGUAGGAUGGAGGUUCUCACAGACAGCGAAGGCUGGAUCCUUAUUGACAGGUGUGGGAAGCACUUUGGGACCAUUCUGAACUACCUGCGUGAUGGUGCUGUACCUCUGCCUGAGAUCCGGAGAGAGGUGGAAGAGCUCCUGGCAGAGGCCAAAUAUUACCUGGUGCAGGGGUUAGCUGACGAGUGCCAUGCUGCCUUACAGAACAAAGAUAUGUAUGAGCCCUUCUGUAAAGUGCCCUUGGUCACUUCAUCAAAGGAAGAACAGAGACUCAUAUCUACCUCCAACAAGCCCACAGUCAAGCUGUUAUACAACAGGAGCAACAACAAGUACUCUUACACCAGCAACUCCGAUGACAACAUGCUGAAAAACAUAGAGCUGUUUGACAAGCUCUCUCUGCGGUUCAACGGACGUGUGCUCUUCAUCAAGGACGUGAUCGGGGAUGAGAUCUGCUGCUGGUCGUUCUAUGGGCAGGGCCGUAAGAUCGCUGAGGUGUGCUGUACCUCCAUAGUCUACGCCACAGAGAAGAAGCAAACCAAGGUGGAGUUCCCAGAGGCUCGUAUCUAUGAGGAGACACUCAACAUCCUGCUGUAUGAGUCUCAGGACGGGCGUGGUCCAGACAACGCUCUACUGGAGGCUACAGGGGGCGCUGCAGGCCGAUCCCAUCACCUGGAUGAGGACGAGGAGCGGGAACUCAUCGAGAGGGUGCGACGCAUUCACAUCAAACGCCCUGAUGACCGCACCCACCACCACCAGUAACUAUACCAGCCAACCAACAUUAUCGCCACCACUAACUAUACCAGCCAACCAACAUUAGCGCCACCACUAACUAUACCAGCCAACCAACAUUAUCGCCACCACUAACUAUACCAGCCAACCAACAUUAUCGCCACCACUAACUAUACCAGCCAACCAACAUUAUCACCACCAGUAAGCCAACUAACAUUAUAGCCACCAGUAACUAUACCAGCCAACCAACAUUAUCACCACCAGUAAGCCAACCAACAUUAUCAGUAUCUGCAGUGACUAUUACCCAUCACUGACAGAGAACAAGUACAAUCACACAAUACCCACAAGUAAUCUCAUAUCCUUGACAUUGACCACAACUGACCUCUGUGCUUCUGCAUCACAGCCACUUAUGAACUUUUGCCUCUCUAAUCAUGAUUACAAACUGGGUGGUUCGAGCCCUGAAUGCUGAUUGGCGGACAGCCGUGGUAUAUCGGACCGUAUACCAUGGGUAUGACAAAACAUUUAUUUUUACUCUAAUUACGUUGGCAACCAGUUUGUAAUAGCAAUAAAGCACCUCAGGGGUUUGUGGUAUAUGGCCAUAUACCACACCCCCUCAUGCCUUAUUAAGUAGAGCAUGGUUUGGGUGUUAGUUUGUGUGUUGUCCCAAAUGGCUGUAUCAUUUUUUUCUAAACCCUUCAUAAGAGCUGUUCUUUUUAUCAGUGGUCAAAGAAGACUUAUUUGACCCCUUGUAUUUCCAUAUGUUUUGUAUGUCUCAUCUUUGUAUGAAUGUUGACAUGUCCAGUAGGAGAUCUGGUGCCUUAAAUCUGUGGUCUUGUGCCUUAAGUCUGUGGGUGUAAGUGCAGCUUACAAUCUGAUUUACUUUAUCAUGUCACUACAACAUUGCUUGGAAGUUCAUGUAUUGUCACAGAGUAGCUAGUUCAGGUCAAUUGUAUUUCAGUGAUUAUAGUAAUACACUGUGUAACAAUACCUUUUCCUACCACUUCAGUUUUUAGAGAUGUUUUAUGAGAGAGAAAAGAAACCUGUACGCUGCUCUUGCUAGUGUGACUGUUCUUUAUUAAGCUUUAUGUAUUGUCCUCAAGGCCCUUUGUCAGAGCUUUUGUGAGUUUUUAAUUUGCACCCUUAUGUAGACAUUGCUCCACCAACAACCGUUCAAUGCAUCGACUGGGGCUAAAUAUAUUCAUUAGCUUGAAUUGUGGAUUUGCAAACUGUAUCUAGAGGCGAAAGAAAUGUACCUAUUUAGACGAGGUGCUGGCUAGCAGAGUAGGACAUUGUCUGUCCAAACGUUGGAUAUUAGGUUAUUAAAUUAUUGCAUCUGAGCUCCUAGAGUGUGCGGCUUUCCUUUAAUUUUUCAAAUAUGCCAACUGCAUUUUAUCAUGUUUUAGAAAUUUGGUUCUUCUAUUUUCUAUAUGUUCUCAUUUCAUCCAGCAGAGGGUGUUGUGUACAAAGACACUGAAAGUGUGCUAAGUUGUUGAAGUUACCCCUAGAUGCUGAUCUUGGGUCAGUUUUGUAUUUCCCCCACUAAUGGAUAAGGGUAGGGAAGCUGACCCUAGAUAUUUGCCUAGGGGAACUUUACCCCAGAGCAAUAUGUUACAACCCACCCCUGAAUUGUAAGUGGUGUGAUUACGGCCACCUUUUAUACUGUAGUCAUGGAUUAAGUAUUUUUUGGGGCAUCCUGAAGAACCUUUUGAGAUGCUGGAUGUGUAAUUAAAUGGAGGCUAUUGCUUCCUGUUACAAUAAUUAUUUGAGGGCGACGUUACAAGACAACUUGUUUGGAAGACCGAUGGCAAGAGAUUAAACCAAGCACAUCCAGACAGCAAAUAAUGUCACAAUUUUUAACACUAUUUUACCUGGGAAAGGAUUGUCUUUUGCAUUUUUUUUGUAUUUAACAUUUCUUACAAUAAAGAUUUUUAUGAAUA